UGGACUUAAAUUUAAAUCAUUGCUGAUGAUAUAUUAAUUCUUUCAUCUUAUUCCAAUUAGUGUCCCUCAAAACCACAAUGUCAGAAUCAAGCGCUACUUUUUCUUCUCCACCACUUCAGAAAAAACAAACAAUAUCAUGUCUUUCAACAACCUUAUUAAUAAUCAUAGCUUUCCCAGUAGCCUUAGCUGCGGUUCUCUACCGACUCGAACUGUUUGAAACAUUUCACUUUCCAUCUGGGGAGUUACCCCAACGAACUGCUACGGCUCCAGCUGUCAACCCGCGCAUGCAGGUUGGAUCUGAAGUCGUGGCAGAGGGGAAGGUGCAUGGACCUGAAGACUUGGCUUAUGAUAAGAGAAGGCGUCUUAUCUAUACAGGUUGUGAAGAUGGGUGGAUCAAGCGAGUUACCGUGAAUGAAUCGGUGCAUGACUCGGUGGUUGAAAAUUGGGUUAAUACUGGUGGAAGACCGCUUGGACUCGCUUUGGAGAAAAGUGGUGAACUCAUAGUUGCGGAUGGUGAUUUGGGACUAUUGAGAGUGACACAAGAAAGGAAGGUUGAAAUUCUGGCUCAAGAACAUGAUGGAUUGAAAUUCAAUUUAACUGAUGGAGUUGACGUAGGUGAAGAUGGUACAAUUUAUUUCACAGACGCUUCAUACAAAUACAAUUUGAAGGAUUUCUAUUUUGACAUUAUGGAAGGUGAGCCUCAUGGUAGAUUCAUGAGCUAUAAUCCAGCAACAAAGAAGGUAACAUUGCUUGCACGUAAUCUCUACUUUGCUAAUGGAGUUGCAGUUGCACCAGAUCAAAAAUUUGUGGUCUACUGUGAGACUGUUAUGAGUAGGUGCAGAAAAUAUUACCUACAAGGUCCAAAAAAAGGAAGAAUAGGCGAAUUUAGUCCUAACCUACCCGGAAUGCCAGAUAAUGUUCAUUAUGUUGGGCAAGGGAAGUAUUAUAUUGGAAUGGCCACGCAUGUAACUCCUCAAUGCCUUCGGAAAAUUGCAGCAAUGGUUACAAAAUAUUAUAGAAGACCAAAUCUAGAAAAGAAUGGAGGAGUUCUAGUUGUGGAUUUGGCAGGAAAGCUGAGAGAUCACUAUUAUGAUCCUCAAUUAUCAUUGAUUUCAAGUGGGAUCAAGGUUGAUAAUUAUAUAUAUUGUGGCUCCCUUUCUUAUCCCUUUUUACUACGUCUAGAUGUGAAACAAUAUCCCGCACUUCCCUCGUCAUGA